AUGGACCUUUUAAUUCGUGAGCAUGCCGAAGCUAUGCUGGAGGAAAGGAAGGGAGGUGUGUAUGGUCGCUUAGAGCUUUCUAGUUCCGAAGAAGAGAUGAUCUUUAGCAAGAGGGCACAGCACAUCGACGAGCACUCUCUGCAAGCGGUUAUCAAGGAAUCUCCGAGACUUUACCCCCUAGGGUCGGAUCUAAAGCAGGCACCUCCAGGUACAACAAUCACCACACACGAUGGCCGCCGUCUUCCUAAUGCCAAUGGCCUCAUCAUGACAGCCAGCACGCACACCAUCCACUACGACGCAAACAUAUAUCCAGACCCGCACAUCCUUUCGGCCAGAACGAUGGCUAGAUCCAGAGAAGGCACCCCCGGAACCCGGUUACUUUAG